UAUACGCCUGGUAAGUUUCGCUAUUUAGAUUUUUAAUUAGUUGGAAAUUUGAGACACGCUACUAUAACAUAAACUUUAAUUGGUAAACUUUAUACCAUAAUUUUCUAAAAUCAAAUCAUAAGAUUGGUUUAAUUAAAAAAUAAAAAUUGACGAUUUUAAUUCAUGAAAUUCCCGAUAUCAUGAUAUAUGCUCUAGAAAAACAUAUAAAAAAAUCAAUGAAAUUGAUAGAUGAUAGAUUCUAAGGAUAUAUAUAUAUAUAUUGAGUGGAUGUCAACCAGCGGGUUGACCCGCCAGUAGAUCCAUUUUCACCCAGACCUAGUAAGAACAUUUUGCCACACCCACCCACUAGUCGACUCGCUGCAGCCUGCAAGGUUACUGGGUUGGAGGUUACAUGAUGUCGCUUUUACCUUUAAUUUGUGAAGUGAGCAUCUUUUUCGAUCUUCUUCUUCACCUAACCCUAUGGUUGGAAUUCUAAGUUGAACAUUUGAAUAUUGAUGUUAUAUAAGUGUGCAUGAAUGUUCAGUAUAUAUUGUAUCCAAAUAUGACCUAUUAUCUUGAUGUAGUGUUACAUGUUAUUACUCAAAUGUUAGGUGAAAUUUGAUAUAAUUUAUAUAUUUAUAAAUAAUAUAAUAUAUAUUUUCACAUAUCUAGUUUAAAUCGGACUAAAACGGUCGGAUUAUUAACUCUCAACCCAUUUACUCGACGAACCAACAGGUUAAAUCGGAUUGACAACCUAAUAUUUUCGUUGCGAUUCAUUUGAGUUAUCUUUUUUCUGUUCUGAUAAGAUGAUUAUGGAUCUGGAAAUCCAAAUAUGUGGUGAAUGUUACAUAUUCAGGAACGUGAUAAUGAUUAGAUCUACCGUAUCCUAGAGAAGAAAAGUGUUUUCGAGUUUCGACUCGAGUGUUAAGAAUGAGAAGAAGAGGACAAAUUAGGGAGGUCAGAACCCGUGCCUGAAGGCUGAAUCAAUAGCUAUCAGGCCGCAGAGAUCCAGUAAAUAUAACGUAUGGGUUUCGUUUGGAUUCUUUUGUUCCCUUCACUUUUUCUUUUCCACCCUCUGUUUUCCUUUAUUCCUUGUGUAAGUAAUCUGGAGAAGAUUUUAGAUAAUAACUAGUGUGGGCCCCGGCCAUUUGGUCGGAGGAAGGUAGGAUGGCAAUGGGUCGGGUUGGGUCGGGUUUUGCCAAAUUCAAAUCCAAAUUCAUGGGUUUAUCCGUGAAAAAAAUUCGGGGUAAAAUCCACUGGGUUUGAAAAACUCAAACCCAACUCAACCCCCUGGGCAUCCGCGGGUUCAUGGGUACCCACAGGUUUUUGUCUUAAAAAAUUUACAAUAACAAGUUGCUACCAAAAUUAAAGUCAAAUAUCAAUCUCUCAAUACAAAUUAUCCAUAUAUAAAAUACCAUUCUAGAAAAUUCAAGCAAAUAACAAAUUAUCCAUAAAUAACAUGAUUAAUUGAAAGCUUCUUCCUUUCAAUUAAGUUUCUUCACUCUCCACUCGAUAACAUCAACUUCAUUCUACACAAUUAAAAAGAAAAAAUUAGACAUGUCUCCACAAACAUAAAUAAGAUAAGUUAUUUAGAAUAUUAAAUAUAUCGAGAAAAUUAAUUAUAUGGGUGUGGGCGGGUACCCAUGGGUCGGGUUUACCUAAACCCAAACCCAACCCAAUCCGAUGAAUAUUGAACGGGUUUAAACCCAAACCCGGCCCAAAACCCGUCAACACGGAUUUUACCCGCGUUGACCGAGUUGGGUAGGGUGGGUACCCGUGGGUUCGGAUUUUGUUUUCAUCCCUAGAGGAAGGUGAGGUAUGAAAUUUGAUAAUGUAAUGGGGUGUAUAACUUAUUGUUGUAUAGUUUUUUUUGGGAAACACGUGAUAAAAAUAGUGAAUUUUAGCAGGAAAGAGACAUUAAUGAUGCAACAAAUCAAAAAUCGGCCUUAUGAACCAAAAUCAAGUACAUGUUACCUUGUGAAACAAUAUUGUUUCUGGUAAUAUGAUGAGGUGGAGUAAGUUUUAUAGAAACUGAAUUCCAGAAAAUCGAAUAAAAAAUCGCCUAUCCCGUCGGUUUUCGGGAAAUGAGCAUCUCACAAUCGUUUCUAGCUUUUACUCGGCCUGUUGGCCGAUUAAUUUGGUUUAUAAAACUUUCAUCUUGUCGUCAUUGUGCUUUCUGGUUUUUUUCAGGCUAUGAUAAAAUCUAAGGAAAUAAAGAACGAACAACACGAUUUGGGAUAGGAACCGUCGUUGUCGUAUCCCUAGAAAAUGGUGGUAAACACGGACUCACCUGCCAAACUGGUUUGGAUUGAGAUUUUUAUCGGGUAUCAGGGAACCAUGUGAUUAUAAAUUAGACUUGAUCAAAUGGGGCCAAAACUUGAAAUGCAGCCUGUUUGAUUGACCCAUGCCAAAUUCUAAUUAUUCUUUACUUUUAAACUUUUUAUUUGAAAAUAAAAAUAGUGAAAGAAAAGAGAUGACUGCCAUUUGCACAUCACUUAUUCGGGAAUAAAACCAUAGAAAUUCAAAAGGAACUGAAAAUGUUAGGAUCGUUUUAAUGUUUAAAAUAACCAAAUAGAUCUUUCUGUUUAGUUUUUUACUAACAAAUACCAAACGAUUCCCUAUAAAAUACACUAUGAUUUGAUCAUUAUGAUAUCAAAUAAUUAUAUAAUAUAUAUUUGAAAUGAUAAAAAUUGGACUAAUUGGGUUGGUCGAGGUUGAACCAUUGAAUAACUUUAAAAUACAUUAUAUUUUAGCCACUAAGAUAUAAAAUAAUAGCAUAAUAUAUUAUGCCAGAGAAAAUAGCUUGUUUUAGAAUGUCAAACCAAUGAUGUUCAUUUGUUUUACUUGAUGGCCAAAUCCCGUGUAGGUCAAACCAAUUCAACUCUUUUAUUUUAUGGUUAGCGGUUAGCCCAUUAGAUACCAUGCAUGAGUUUAUUGUUAAAUUUUUUAUUUUUAGCAAUAAAAAGAAGUAUUGUUUUUGCCUCUUCAUAUAUAUUUUAUCACCACGGAGAAAUAAAAGUGCUUAAUGAAAAAAUUGACACUCUUGAACCCGUUUAAAUCCGCAUGUGUACGGUAAGUUGGCCCGUUCCACAGAGGAAAGAGGAAAAAAUUGACACUCCCUAUUCUGUCAUUCCUACAAACGCUCCUCGAGCAGGAAAUUUGAAAUGGGGGAAGGUUUUUUUCCUCUCUGCUAUUAUAUCUUUUUAAUUUAAAAAGAUGCAACAAAUGUACUUAGUGUGAUUGGUUAUGAUCCUUACUUUUCAUUAAAAUGGUCAUGGUUCGAAUCCCACUACGUGUCUUUUUAAUGAAUUAAAAAAAGUAAGUGUGAAGACCAAAAUGUCCUUCCUACUUUCACUCUCGUUGCAGAAAAUUUGAAAUGGGGCUCCCGUUUUUCCCUUCGGUGUAUUAUAUUAUGUGUAGAUAAAAAGAAAGAACCUUAUACGCUAAAAAAGUAAUGAAGGAAAAACGAAAACAAAAAAUGUGAAGUGCUAAUGGAACUGGAAGUGGGCCAAGUGGCAAUCUAUUGAAGUUGCUGGUGUUGAAUUCUAUGCAUUGGCAUAAUGGAGAUGACAUGACUUCUAUUGUAACCGUAUUAAAACUUGUUGAAGGCGUAAAAUACGUGUUUAUUAAUGUCGAAAUCGGGGCGCUCAAUUAGUACGAUAUUGUCCGCUUUGGGCCAAGUCCGUACGGUUUUACUCUUGGGUGUCCUCCCUAAAAGGCCUCGUACUAAUGAGAUUGGUGGACACUAAUAUACAAGGGUUCCUUCCCUUGUAUAACCGAUGUGGUACUUGGAUUGUCCCAUAACAAUCCUCCUCUCAAGCUAAGGACCACGAACACCGUGUCCUCACCUCAGCGAUUAUCUUGAUCCGCCAGAUGCCUUAUAUCGAUGGGCUUCUCGAUACAAGGACUUUACCAGACGUAGAACUCUCUUUGAUCUGCUUCCCAAAUGCGGAACUCUCUUUGAUCCGCCAAGCCCAAACGUGGAUCUCUCCUGGAACCACCAAACCAGAUGCGAAUCUCAAAUCCCGAGGUCACCGAAUGAGGGUCCACCGAACUGACGUCCACUGCUCCGAACCGAACCAUGCUCCGAUACCACUUGUCGUAACUGGGUAGCCCAUUAGUACGAUAUUGUCCGCUUUGAGCCAAGCCCGCACGGUUUUACUCUUGGGUGUCCUCCCCAAAAGGCCUCGUACUAAUGAGAUUGGUGGACACUAAUAUACAAGGGUUCCUUCCGUUGUAUAACCGAUGUGAUACUUGGAUUGUCCCAUAACAAUUAAAUUGAACAUAAUCGGAGAAAAAGGACGUUCACAUGUGAGAUAUCAAAUUUCUGAAUAUUCAGAAGUGAAGAUAGGUAUCUUGAACAAGAUUAUGGAGCAAAUUACAGUCGCGAUGUAAUUGUCGAUAUAAAGGUUGAUUGCGUGCAACAUAGCAAGUCCAACCGCAAGGGUGCUCAAGAGGUACACAGGUUAUGCAACUAGUUUCAUGGCCCCGCGAAUCUGAUCAAUCACCCUUCGCGCUUUGUGAGCUGACAUAGAUAUAUGUUGCCCAAGCAAUGAAUGUGUAAGUCCUCGAUUUCUACAUCACAUUCAUUCCUUGGAGAUACAAAGAACGAAGAUUGGAGCAAAAUCAAGCUCAUGAGCUUUAAUAAGUGGGUCUGAAUUGUUUUAUGAAAAAACUUCAUUAUUUUCAACCGAAAAUAUAUAUUUUCCCUUACAACUCAUUACCAAAAUCGAAUCAAGUGAUGCUUGCUCACCUAAGACAAUGUGGGUAAUUUAUUCUUAAGAUAAGUUCUAGUCAUCCAAAUGUAUGUUGUUUUCUUAAAAAAGUACCUCUCUUGCAGGGGCGGAGCUAGGAUUUAGUUUUCGGAGGCCGGAAUCCGGUUAACGUAAAGGACGAAAAAUACUAAUAAACAAAUAUUUUAAAAAAAUUAACUAUACACACAAUAUUUUUCAUAUUAAAUUCAAUAUAAAUUAGAAUAAUAUGAAGAAAUUAAUAACACGUUUCAAUUUUUUGUGGUAUAUUUUGAUUUCAUAACUAAAAAGUUAAGCUCUACGGAUAUUAUUAUCCAAAAGUACUCAUUAUAUAUCUGAAAGUAACCUUAGAAUUGAUAAUUUUAAUUGAUAUAAUAUUAAAUUAAAAUUUAAUGAACCAACAUAUGAGGGGGAAAGGAAAUUGUAUACCGUAACUUUAAAUAGGGUGAAAGAAUUGACCAUCUAUUUAAGUGAAAAAUGUAAAGAAAAAUACAAAAAUUGCUUUCCAAAGGGAUCAAACCCUCGCUUAGGCACCCAAUAAAGCACAAAUAUAGUUUCAUUCCGCUGGACUACAUCUAUUUUCCUUGUAUAAUUCCUCAUGUCAGUGGUUAUUUGUACAUUCCUUUUAAUUUAUACGUAUAGUCUUGAACUUUUUGCACGUAACUUUCAAAAUUCCUCCGAGGACUAAGUUAGCUCCGCCCCUGCUCUCUUGUAUAUUGAACCCUCAGAUUAACUUCUCUUCUACCACAACUAGGGGUGUCCAUUCGGGUUCGGUUUUCGGGUUUAUCCGAAACCGACCCGAUUAUAUACAUUUUUGGUUUUUUGGGUUUGGGUUCGUUUUGGGUUACGGGUUUUUUGGUUUCGGGUUCGGUUUUGCUUAUCGGUUUUUCGGGUUCCGGCUAAAAACCUACAAUGAAUAGAACUCAUCCCGUAUUCUUAGGCAUUCUGGCUUUCGGGUCGGUUUUGCUUUAACCGAACCCGAUAAGAAACUUUCGGAUUUCAGGUAACCGGAACCCGCAAGUCCUUAUCGAGAUCAGGCUCGGUUUUAGUGAUUUUCGGUUUCGGGUUUUUGGGUUUCGGUUCGAAUAACCAAACCCGACCCGAACUGACACCCCUAACCACAACACAGAGAUCGAGUGAAUUGAGUGAUUAUAAACUCCCUUGACUACGUUAUACUUAUAUGUACUCAUGUGAUGUUUUACUCUUUCACACCUGUGCGAGCUAGUCCCCUGGCCACCGUAUCAAACAAUGUUUUAGCAAUCAUCAUUUACCGUGCGAUUAAAUUGAAAAACACUGG